AUGACAAGAAGACAAGCAAGUUCCACGAGACGCAGUGGUGGAACCUUUUCCUUUUCAGGAGUAUUCAAUUCCAAAUCUAAAUCUUCUCCAUUACUCUCCAUAAUCCCUGUCCUUUUGGGAGCUUUCUUUCUCAUUUUUUAUGCUUUUGGUGGAUCAGGUCUCUUUAGAGGAAAGAAGAAUGUUGUUAUCAGGGCUGAAGGUGAUUUUUCAUGCACAUUUGAAGUUGAAAGUGCAAUUCCUGUUUUGAAGAAUGUAUACGGCAACAACAUGAAAAAUAUCUUGCAUGUUGGCCCAGAGAGUUGUUCAGUAGUAUCAAAAUUGUUAAGAGAAGGGGAAUUUGAAGCAUGGGGUGUGGAUCCAUAUGACAUAGAAGAUGCUGAUAGAACCUGCAAGGCUCUAGUGCAUAGAGGCGUCGUACGUGUUGCGGAUAUAAAAUAUCCUCUACCUUACAGGCCAAAGUCUUUCUCUCAUGUCAUAGUAUCAGAUGCUUUGGAUUACAUCUCUCCCAAAUACUUAAACAAAACUCUUCCUGAGCUAGUAAGGGUAUCUGCUGAUGGUAUCAUUAUUUUAGCAGGUUCCCCUGGACAACAGAGAGAAGCAGCACAGUUAUCCAAAUUCGGACGCCCGGCGAAAAUGCGGAGUUCGACUUGGUGGAAAGAAUUUUUCAGUGAAACAAACUUAAAAGAAAAUGAAGUUGCUGUCAAGAAGUUUGAACAAGCUGCAUCUAAGAUGUCUUACAAUCCAACCUGUCAAAUUUUCCACAUCAAAUCAUACAACUGA